ACUGUCAUUGUAAAUCCUAAUGAGUUCAUUGAGCCAGCCCCUUUUGUUCUUCGCACCAUACUUUCAGAGUUAGAUUUUCGAUGUCCUACCUGUAAACACACAGUAAAACUUCACCAACUACCUCAGCAUCAAGAAUGUUGCAUUCAAAGCCCUACAACAGCACCCACACACAUCUUAACCCCUUCACAAAGAUCAGUUCCAGUGACAUCAUCCCUCCUUGCGCCAGUGAAACCCAUACCUGCAGCAGAGGAAAAGGGACCAGCACCGGUAAAUGUACCAUCAGUACAAGCAGAACCUACAACCACCACUGAUACAAAUACAACCUGCAGACAACAACUGACAGCUGAUCAACUACUAACCAGCCCAAAGGAAGCUUAUACAUCCCUAAAGGAGGAAGUUGGAUUGUUCAUCAUUAGACAGUUCCUUUCACAGUCUCAGGAUGGGGCAACCAUUCUCCUCAAAACAGGUGGCCAGCCCUUAGAAUUAGUGAAAAGGACCAGGGCAAGGAAAACAACUGAUGAGGUAACAAUGAAAACUGCUAGAAAUAGAUCAAAGGCAGUAGCAGAGACCAGGACAGCUGUCAGUGGUGGUGCAGCUGGUACCCAAUUGAAAGAUGAACUGCGUGCAAUGGGCAGACUGGAGAGGGAGGCACUGCUGAAGGAGGCCUUGGGAAAGGAAUUUAAAAUCACCAUUCCAAGAGGUGACAUCCUGGCAAUGAAAGCAGACCUUGGUGAGACAUGGUACAAAGUUAGAAAGCUUAGGAGGUAAGAGAAACAUGAACAAAAAAAAUCAUUAAAAACCCCAGAG